AUGAGUUCGAGGGACGAAAACCCCGUAGAUGAAGAGCCCAAUAUUGUGGUGCAAUUCUUGCGGGAUCACGUGGCUUGGCGCGAGCAGGCCGGCCUCCCACUCGUACUUCAGCUGCAGCGUGAAAGGAGAAGUGAUGGCGAACAGGUGACGAUUGUGCUGGGCCGCAUGGAUCCCGAACGCCGCGCCCCAGGAGGGGAUUUCUUGGAGCCAGGAGGCGGGGGUGAAGUACCGGUUGCGCCUUUACCGUUUGUGGCGGGCUUGAGUCCUCUUCUUUUGCAGGUACUAACUCUACAAGUGCUCCUUGAGGAGCAACGACGCCGCAUGGCUGCCCCCCUGGGCCAGGAGGAAGCUAAACAACUCCAGAAGAUGAGGCUGGAUCCUGAUAUUAUAGUUCGACUCGAAGCCGAUGGCCAGGGGGUUUGUUCCAUCUGCCAGGAUUCGUUUCUUGCCGGGACAGAGGUAUGCCGCCUCCCCUGCGGCCACAUGUUUGACACGGAUUGCUUGGAGCAUUGGUUCAGGCGAACUCGGACAUGUCCGAACUGCAGAUUUCUUCUACAGGAUGUGGCGCAACAGUACAAGGAUGUUGUUGCCCCGGUUUGGUGGCGCACCACAGGAGAUGAAGAAGAUGGAAGUAGGCUAAAGGAGGACCAUAGUCUUGCCGAAACGAGGGUCAUGCCUGAAGCAGUGACAGAAGGUGCAUGGCAUCGUAACGGAGGUGCCCCUCUAGUGGCACCAAUGGUAGUGGGCAUGGUGGAGGAGGUCCGUUCCGGUCUACAGCGUCAGGAAGCGCAAAGGCAAUCUGUUGAACAGAUGCUUCAGACGUUGCCACAUUCCGGGCCGGUCUCUUCUUUAAUGGGCAUCAGUAAUGAUAGCAGACAGGCGUCAUCGGGCGGUGCCGGUGACCGCAGCAUUCUCCAAGCAAGUGAUUUAGUCGAACCUCGUGGCCUCAGCCUCUUGCCUGUGCCGCCGUCGGCCAGCCCGCAACGCAUGAGGGAAACGUUCCGCGAUCGGUUCUUCGCCGACGGAGCCAGUGCGCAGCGCACAGUUGACUCGCGCGGGUCCCGGCUUGACAUCCGUAACUGGGAGAUGUACCGGUCUUCACCGGUGCAGGCGCCGCAUGGGUCUCCGCUGUCGCCAUCGCGGGAGCAAGUAUCUGAGCAUGUGCUGCCGUCGCCAGGGGUGUGGACGGCAACGGGCGGCAGUCCUCUCCUAGACCCCGUCACGUUUGACAUGGCAUCGUCGACGCGCUCCUCGUCCCUGCGUCUCUCGAGGGACACUCCAGACAACGACGUUUCUACGCACAUGCCGCGCGUCGCCCCGUAUGCCCAGGAGGUGGCGCGAGCGUCUGCGGGCGUGCGACGCACACGGAAUGGGUCUCCUGUGCACCAGCGGCGGCAGCUGGCAUCUGGCAAUGCGAGACACGCGGUGCACGCUUUGCGCAACAACCGCGUCGAGGAUGUGCGUAUCCCCGUCCCGCCAAAUGGCAUUAGGGUUGAUGACGCCAACAUGGGGCGGCCGCCUCGCUAUAGGACGAAUACCGCCAGCAGACUCUCGUUGUGUGCGUCGCCACCGUCUGAUGCCUCGGUGCGACGACUAUCGCACGAACACCGCCAACGCGGCAACAACAACCAUCUUAGCAGCAGUGAGGCGCCAGAGGAGGCGCAGGGGUUAAGAGGGACACGUCCUCAAGCCGUUGUCCGUGGAAAUCGCCACAACACGGAACGAUACGAAGCCGUCAUCCGCGGCGUGCAACGCAGAUGA